CAAUAUCAGUUCAGUACAAGCUAGAGGGAAAGAGAGGAGCUGGCUUAUCAGCGUUGGUGAAAAGAAAAUCUCUCAUUAGUUCAUCAGCUGAACGAACGAGAGAUAUCUUAAAAUUCACCACUGUUUUCUGAAGAUACAAUCGGUAGUGAAUCUUUCUUUGUAAUAUUCAGACAAAUUGUACCAUUUAUUCAGUGUGAGUUUAAGUGUUGUGCGUUGAUAAAUUAGGUAACUGUUGAGCGGUUUACAAUUAAUAUUGUGCUAUCUAGCAUUGUUCUUUAAUAACGUGAUUAGUUAGCAAAGUUAGAAAUAAAACUGUGAAGCUGUAGAUGUAUUAUCCCCAUGCAUCUAUUUAAAUCUACUGUUUUUUGAACCCUCGUCUGGACUUAAAGUUUCUACAUAAUCGAUAAAAAGACGGACGGCCGGUGAGGACAAGAAGGGGUGUCGUUGUGAAUAAUUGUUAUUGGACGAGGAGGAGAAGUGCUAGGUGGUGGAAGGAGGUGAAGCAAGAGAGAGAGAGUGAGGAUGAUGAGGGAGGGCAAUCACGCUCUCCGAUGGCCUGCCGUGUAGGUGGGAGAGGGGUGCAGGGGUGGAGCAGUAAUCAGCGGACAGAGAGAAGAGGAAACGAGGAGAGUAGGCCUGGUAGCAGCGACACUGGAGACACCACCGAAACGCUAAGAAAACUAGAGAAAUCUUUGCAACUCAUUAGCCCGUAAGCGACACAUCAAAACACAUUUGUGAAGUCUUCUUCCAGCGAUAUUUAUUAUUUAUUGUGCACAAAAUCUGUGACCCGAUAAUUGGAGGCUGAAAACAUAAUACCAUUUAGUGAGUGAUGUUUGUUUCUGUAUUUGGUGGUGAUAGUGAACUGAUUGUGUAGAGGGUCGUUGACUUGUAGUUCGAAUCAUUUCCUCUGCAACGUUCGAGAGGAAAAACUGUGUCAGUUAUCUCGUUUAACCCUUAAGCAAAAAACUGGAAGUGACCAAUAUUUUUUGGAGUAGAAUCUCUUUUUGUUCAGUUGAACACUGUCAGUGUACCUAGUAGUAUUUGAAUACUUUUGUGGCGAAAAGAACAAUGUUGGUGAAGGCGUCAAGUUUGUUGGUUAGUUGGGUAGUGUUGGUGGUGCUUUUGCCGGGCGGAGCCGUUGGCAUGACGGUUGGGUCGGCGCUGCACUGCGCCGUGCGACGUGAGAUCUCGCCGUGCACGUGUCGGCCGGGAGACUACACGGCCACCGACAACACCAAAGUCACCUGCGAAGGCAUGGCCAACUUCACGCAGGUGCUUGGUGCACUCCAGAAUCGCUUCGACGCCACCGACAAAAUCAAGCUCACCAUUGCUUAUUCAAGUCUGGAGGAUCUGCCACAACUCAGCCUCCACGACCUCGGCUUCAUAAUCAAGCAGCUCAAGCUCAGCCACAACAAUAUUCGUGAUCUACCAGGCUCUGUUUUUGUGGGCCUAAGCAAUGUAGAAUCGCUCUCACUGUCUGACAACACGCUGCAAGAGAUUCCGAGCGACGUACUCAAGCACAUGCCUCACAUCAAAACUUUGGACAUAGGGUACUGUCAGAUCGAAAACGUCACCAACACUGAUUUCCAGGAUCUAACAGAAUUGAGAACGUUGAUGCUCUCUGGAAACAGAAUAUCUCAAAUAGAUCCUUGGGCUUUUCCGAAAAAGUUGAGACAUUUACACAUCGGCAAUAAUGAGAUCACUGAUUUGAAUGAAGCUUUGAAAGAAUUGUAUGAUUUGGAUUGGCUAUUUUUCAACAACAACAGCAUAUCUACUCUGGAAGGUCAAUUACCUGCAGCUUCGCCGAAUUCUCAUCUUAAUGCGCUGCAUUUCAAAGGCAAUAAAAUUGAGAGGUUUCCAACCGACUUUAGAAAUCUUCAAUCUCUAGACCGCAUUUUUGGAAGUCACAACAGCAUAACUGCUCUCAGUGGAGCUCUUGCCAAAUCUAGGAAGCUGAUUACUGUCGAUCUAACACACAAUCUCAUCUCAGUCCUACAAGAAGACGACUUUUCAGAAACAGAAAAUCUGGAAGAGCUGUUACUUGGAUACAAUAAAAUAACAUUCUUGAACUCAUCUCUUCCUCUACACAGAUUGAGGUAUUUGAAUCUCACACAUAAUGCUAUGGAGGAGUUCACUUUUCAAGAAAUUAGAGGAUUGAAUUUGAAAUAUGUCGACUUAUCUUACAACAAGAUAUCCAAGCUGAAAGGCAGGAUGGAGAAUUUGGUAGAAAUUGAAACACGAGUAAACCAGCUUCAUCUUGAAUACAAUGAGCUGGAAUCACUCUCUGGGUCGCUGAAUGGCCUAACAGGGUUGGAAUUUGUCAAUCUCAGCCAUAACCGAUUGAACACUAUCUCUCCCGAUGACUUUAUUGGUUUGGAUAAUCUUAAAUGCUUGGACAUAUCACAUAACCAGCUCACCACUCUGGAAGAAACGUCAAAGACAUUUUUGCCUGCGCUUGAAGAUUUGAAAGCUUCCCAUAACUUACUGACGGUGUUGGAGAGAGACUUCCAAGGAUUGCCAGUAUUGUGCUGGGCCGAUCUAUCUCACAACCAGAUUUACAAUAUCAGCGUAGAGUUGGUCGAGAAGACGCAGUGUCGAUUCCAUGGAGUCAACGGCACCCUCAGAAUUUACAUGAGUGGGAACCCGGUGGUUUGCGACAAGAGCAUGGCCAAAACCAUUCUGGCGGUGGAAUCGAAAAACAACACAGUGAUUCAUGGAGCACUGGAUUGCCUGCCAGAGAAAGAUGUGCCGGUGCCGGUGACGACUGUGCCGGUGCCGGUGACGGCUGUGCCAGUGCCGGUGACUGCUGUGCCGCAGCCGCAGGUGAUUUCGGCAAUCGCGCAAUCGCAACCCACCUAAGCCAAACUCCCAUAGAUAAUUAUAUUCUUGCGACGUAGACAAGUAUUUAUGUAGACUAGGUACAUCUAUAUGAAGCUCAUCCAUUCAUCGAAUUUAAUAAUCAAAAUCAUGUACCAGAAUAACCAAGUUUGAUUAUUAGAAGAGAUUGCAUUUUUGAGUCAAAAAAUUAGUUGAACCUAUUCUAUAAAUCAAACUAUUCGAACAUAUUUGCUGUCCUACAACCAAAAAUAGAGCUCAAUUAUAAUUUCACAAUAAUCAAGAUUGGUUAUUUCGAGAGAUUAUUGUUCACGACCAUGAGAGAACCAUACUAGAGAACGAUCUGGUGGAGUAGGGCCGAUAGUCAAUCGUUCGCAAGAGAUCACAUAACGUGUGUAUUUUCAGAACAGACUACAAGUAUGAUAGGUAAGAACGUUUUGCAAUAACAUUGACUGAGCUGUAGAAAGGAUAAACAGUCUGGAUUUCGAGUAUCGCAGAUUUCUCAGGCCACAUAUAGGAAAAGAUUUGGCAUUUUCAUUUAAUUAUUUUUUUGAAUUGUCAAAUGGCUCUGCAUUAAAAUUGUAAAGUUCGAUUAGUGUAAAAUUAUUUAAUUACAACAAACAUGUAAAUAAUGAUAGGAAGAAGCGUUGAAGAGCUUUGAAAUAUUAGAGUGCUAUAAUAUUAGUAUAACUUAGUUAUAGACAGUGGUGACUUUUAAAAAUUGAUUGCGACAAAAAUAUAUUUUUUAACAAUUGAUUGAUAGUGUAUUUGUGAGGUAUUCAGAAGAUAUUAAGCAAUUUAGAAUUUUUCCAUUGACCAGAAGCAUAAUAUUACUGACAUGAAAUUUCAAUUGUCAAGAUUAUUUAUAUUGCUGAUAUUCUCAAUAAUAUAUUAUUAAUGUGUAGUUUAUAAGUCUGUUAGAAGAUAGAUCGCUUUGCUUUUAUGAAACAAUUGAACAUUCUCGUCUUAUCGACCUAGUCAGUUGAAAAUAAUACUGCAUAAUAUAGACAUAUAUAGUUUAUAUUUAGAUUAUUCUUAUUGUCAAUUCUAUAUAUUAAAGAAUCAAUAAUAAAAUCGACUGUCAGUA